CCGGUUCAUGAACCAAGAAUUGAGCGGACCUAAGUAAUAAGAUGGGACUUGGUCGGGUGACGCCUAUCAAGUAUGUCACUCAACUACACAAGACCAAAUCCACAAUGAACUUGCGGCUGCGCACAACAAGAUGCCCUGCCGAUCUUUGUUCGCAAAUUCAUGUGGCUUGUGGACCCUCACCAUUUCAACCAUUGCUCACCUGACAUCAGUUUAUCCCACAGUGCUUCAUUCCAUCUGGAAUCUGGGAACGACAGAUCGAGCUGAGGUCUCGUUUACCCUGGAAGUCUCUCCAUCUUUGUGGUUGAUGACGGGCCGUCAUCUUAUGUGGAUGGCAAUUCUCUCGUCUUGCCCGACUGAUGUUUCUCAUGGUACUCCACUCAUUUACGAAGGUUCUGAGCGGCAACCUGAAUCGCCCAAUACCUCUCUUCUUCGUCUGCCAUGGAUUCAGGUUCCCUCCCGCCGUCAGCCAUCGAACCCAUAAUCGAGGCUUACGCGCAGGGCAUCCGGCCCGCUUUCGCCUUUAUUCUGAUACCUGCCAUUUUCUCAGCCAUGCUCGUGCCUCUUCUCAUCAUGCUCUUCACGCUUUCCACUCCCCAGGUCCGCCGGGGACCCAUCUUCAUUCUCAACACAGCGGCGAUCUGCUUUGGCUUGACUCUCGGUGCACUGAUCACCCAUCUUGCGAUGGAAAGCGUUCUCUCACCAUUCCGCGCAAACACCAAAGGCGAAGACCUCGUAUACGUAAUUCUGGACGCGUGGCUCCCCUGGAUCGCCGAAUCCGUCCUCCUUGUCCGAAUCUGGGCAGUAUUCCCCCGCGCGAAGCUUCCGUUUGUGCUGGCGUUUCCAGUACUUAUCAAGAUCGCGCGAAGCGUCGUCAACAUCCUCUUCAUCGUCGGCUGGGCAAAGGGUCUAUUCCAUCCUACGACGGUAAAUGAGCUGGAGGUCAUAAAACAGCUCAACCCGUUGUAUUUCAAAUUGGGGGCUAUCCUGGAACUUUUUGAUAAUGCAUACAUCUCAGGGCUAUUCCUCUGGCGACUCGCCCGGACCGGACACGUAUUCAACGGCCAAGCGAUCGGCAGGCUUGCCCAUAAGCAAACCUACUCCGGACAUUUGGAAAACCUGUUUUGGAUUGCCAGCACAAAUUUUGUAUUCCCGAUAAUUAUCAGCGUGAUCGAAAUUGCCGCCAUAUACAGCGGCAACGUGGUCCUCGGCUCCUGUCUCAACCUGGUCAACUGUUACGUUGAAAUCAUCUCGACUGUCUUUGCCACCGUAUGGUCCUCUACGGCAUCCUUCGCAGAGGCGACCAGGAGCACUGCGUUCUCGACUACAAGCUAUGUACAGCCAAGACCGUUGCCUGAUCAGCCGCUAGAAUUGUUCAUGGACCGAGUCGUGACCAUCACAAUGGAUCCGCUGCCGGAUGAAGGACAGGAAGGAAAACCUGGUCCGGUGUAG